AUGGGGCCCGGGGCGAGCGAGCACGAGGGGCAAGCUGCGAGACUGCGGGAAAGAAGAUCCCGGUCCCGGCGCCGGCUCCUCCCGGGGCCCGCGGAGGACACAGGCGGCGCGGCCGCUCCCGCCGCCUCCGCUGCGGCUUCCCCGGCCCGAGCUCCGCCGCUCGGCAGCGCGGCCGCCGGCCCCGAGCCGCCGGGGCCCGGGGCGGGUGGGGCUGCCCGGCCCGGGGCGCUCGGGGGGCGCUCGGGGGCCGCUGCUGGCCCCGGGCCGAGCGCUGACAGCCGCGUGUGGCCCGCAGGGAAGGCGCAGGAGGCCCUGCAGGAGCGCUACCGAGUGGGUUCGCUGCUGGGGCGCGGCGGAUUCGGCAGCGUCUGCUCGGGGACGCGGCUCUCGGACGGCGCCCCGGUGGCCAUCAAACGCGUGCCGCGGGAUCGCAUCCGGCACUGGGGCGAGCUGCCCGACGGCAGCAGCGCGCCCCUGGAGAUCGUGCUGCUGGCCAAGGUGUCGCAAGGCUGUGCUGGUGUCAUUCAGCUCCUGGAGUGGCUUGAGCUCCCCGACAGCUUCUUGCUGGUGCUGGAGCGUCCGGAGCGGUGCCGGGAGCUGUCGGGUGUCCUGGCGGAGCGGAGGUUCCUGCCGGAGGAGGAGGCGCGGGGGCUGUUCCGCCAGGUGCUGGAGGCCGUGCGGCACUGCACCAGCCGCGGGGUCCUGCACAGGGACAUCAAGCCCGAGAACAUCCUGCUCGACCUGGCCACGGGGCAGCUGAAACUCAUCGACUUUGGCUGUGGCGCCUUCCUCCAAGACACAGCCUACACCCAGUUUGCAGGAACCCUGUCCUGCAGCCCACCCGAGUGGAUCCACCACCAGCGCUACCACGGCGAGGCAGCGACGAUCUGGUCCCUGGGCCUCCUGCUGUACCAGCUGGUCAUGGGCAAGCACCCGUUCAGGAGGGGCCAGGAGAUCAUCUGGGGGCGCAUCUUGUUCUCACCACGGCUCUCUCAAGAGUGCCAGGAUGUCAUUAAGAGGUGUUUGUCCAUGCAGCCCUCGGACAGGCCAUCCUUGGAAGAGCUUUUCUGCCAUCCUUGGGUGCAGGGUGUUCCUCUGCCCUAGAAGAUGGGAGAGAUCCACGUGCACAGUUGGAUCCAGGGGCCUGGCAGGUACCAGCUCCACACAUCUCUUGGCAAUCAGUAGCAAAGCAAACCAGACUGGUUUUGUCCUGCCUGUGGCUCUGAGCAGGGGUCAGCAGAAGGGAACACGCAGCUCUUGGGCUGGAGCUGAGCUGGAGACCUGGUGUGGUAAGCACUGGUGGCCGCUAUCCACCCUGGCUUUGCUUGUCUGGUUCACUGACAGCUGGGGCCCUGGGCAGAGCCCUGAGAGCCUGGUCUGGCCCCAGGGAAGGAGAAGGAGCCCCUGGAGAAGCUGUACCAGGUGGGGCUGCUGCUGGAGACACCAAGGACAGCCUCAAGGAUGACAAUCUCUUCCUCAGCCUGGCCAGCUGAAGAUGAUGGACUUGGAUUCUGGCACCUUCUUCAAAGACACGCUCCACGCCCAAUUUGCAGCCGGGCUCUGCGGGUGCUGAGGCUGCUCUGGGCUCUGCCAGGGCUCUGCUGGGCUCAGCCUGGGCACGGCUGGGCUGGCUCUGCCCUCACAUUGCUCUGACAGCUUUGCAUCAGACGAGCCCGUUCUGAGCACAGCGCCU